AAUCUUUGUUCCGGGUAGUUUUUAUUUUUACGUAACACAGCAGCAAUGGCCGCCCUGCCUAGCGUGUCGUAGCUGAAAGUACUUAUUUUCCUUCACAUGGAUGUUUUAUUUCCCCUCUAGUUUAUGGCAGAUAAACGACAGCGUGCCAGGGUGCAGGGCUCUUGGGCCAAACAGUUGCCCAAACCACAGAGACCAGCAGCUCCUCAAAGCCAAAGUGCCAAUGCAGCUUCCGCAUCCUGGGGAAUACAUCGACAGACCACAUCUGGGAAUGUUGAGUUCCAACAGCCCAUUAAGCAAGUUAGAGAUGUUCCAUCAGAAAAGGUUAUUGACCAGGCAGGUGAUUAUGAGAUCAGCCAUGGACCUUCAGGGGUGUCAAGAUUGCGGCUGGUGCCGAGAUUCCUUCCAGCUGAGGAGGCUGACUGGAUGUUCGCUAAGCUCCUGGCUGAGCUUCCCUGGUCGCAAAAGACCAACUUUAGACAAGAUGAGGCCUACGAAGAGCCAAGGUUGACAUGCUGGUUUGGGGAGUUACCCUACACGUAUGCUCGUUCCACCAUGGCGGCCAACACAAAGUGGCACCCGCUGCUGUUGAACCUUCGCCGAGCGGUUUCCGAAGCGAGCGGCGGCUGCGGCGGCGACGAACGCUUCAACUCGCUGCUGUGCAACCUGUACCGAGACGGACACGACAGCAUCGGCUGGCACAGCGACGACGAAGCCUCGCUGGGCCGGCAGCCCGUCAUCGCCUCGCUUAGUUUGGGUGACAGCAGGGUGUUCAGCCUACGCAAGAAGCCACCUCCGGAAGAAAACGGUGACUUCACUUAUGUGGAGCGUAUUAAAGUUCCUCUGGGUCACGGUGCUCUGCUUUUGAUGGAAGGAGCCACGCAAGAUGAUUGGCAGCACCAGGUGGCGAAGGAGUACCACGACCGCGGCCCUCGCAUCAACUUGACUUUCAGGAGCAUUUUCCCCGAGCCGCAGGGCCACCGGCCGGGGACCAAACUGCACUUUACCAACCGCCAAACAGACAUGAAUGCUACAGACUAGAAGCCAACAAAAAGAACUGCACUAGGAAGAAGUGCAAGGGUUACAUGCGUCACGGAUUUCACCAUUAUCGUUUACGCCCCGCAUCAUUCUCCUACCUUGCAUCCGUACUGCAAGGCCAGCUUGUUGAGAUUGUCGCCGUCCAACACGUCCCGUUCCAGCAAGUGGAAAUUCCUGAGCCUGUCCUGCUCUGACUCUUGGUGGGUCCGAGGCCUCAUUUCCAUCAGGCCAAGCUCCUCCGCCUCUUCUUCUUCUUCUUCCUCAUCCGACGACGAGGCCAUGCCGUUGACUUUCCUCUUGAACAUGUAAACCUGGCCGUCGGCACUGGCGUGGACGUCCACGGGGGCCUGGAACGCGUGCGGCACGUGAUCCCCGCGACGCAUUUUUCAACACCAAGCCUGGAAGAAGAACAAUUCCAAGAAGGAUGAGAUGUCUCAACAAGGGCUGUCUCUCAUUGGAUAGUUUUAUACAUAAUUCAAGAGUUUCUUCCUUCACAAUUGUGGUUCUUAAAUCUUCGUUGACACAAUGUAGAUUCAUUUGGUUGGUUCAUUUGCACUGAUGUUGAUGCACUACGUACGCUCAUGAGCGUUUAUACUAUCUUUAAACUGGUGUGACUUUCGAUCCUGUUUGUUCAAAUACAACAAAACCUUACAUGUAGAGUUUAAUAAAGAUGUCAUGAUGUGA